CUCUCUUGCCUCUUUGUUAUCUUUCUCUAAUUUUUGCUUGGUUCCACAAGUUUAAUUUCUGUAAAAAAAUAACACGAGAGAAAAUUUUCUGUGUGUUAUUAUCUAUCAUAUAAUUGAUGGGGUUCCAAAACUUUAUAUUGUUGAUUUUUAUGAUAACAUUGGUUAUUGGUGAAUAUGGGAAUUGCAGGGUUAUUAUUCGUGAUUCUCAUCACCAUCAUCAUCAUCACUCACACAAAAACUCAGCUACCAAAAUACUUUAUGAUAGUGAUAAUAGUUCCGUUCAACGAAGUGGCAACCAUUUUGUUCUAAAUGGGAAGCCAUACUACUUAAACGGAUUCAAUGCUUAUUGGUUAAUGAAUAUGGCAUCCGAUCCAUCUUCAAGUUCUAAGGUCACUACAGCUUUUCAGCAAGCUGCGCAACAAGGUUUGAACGUAGCAAGAACUUGGGCCUUCAACGAUGGAGGUGACAAAGCCCUUCAAAUUUCUCCAGGUUCUUAUAACGAGAAUGUCUUCAAGGGAUUGGAUUUUGUGAUAUCAGAAGCAGGAAAAAAUGGGGUACAAGUGAUACUAAGCUUGGUAAAUAACUGGAACGAUUUUGGUGGGAAGAACAAGUAUGUUCAAUGGGCAAAAGAACGUGGUCAGAAUGUUAACAAUGACGAUGACUUCUUCACACACCCUGUUGUUAAGCAAUACUACAAAAAUCACAUCAAAACUGUGUUGACGAGAAAAAAUACUAUAACUGGAUUAAUAUAUAAAGACGAUCCCGCUAUUUUUGCAUGGGAGCUUAUGAAUGAGCCUCGUUGCCAGAGUGAUAAUUCCGGAAAAUCAUUUCAGGAUUGGGUGGGGGAGAUGGGUGCCUAUGUGAAGUCCAUUGAUAACAAACAUUUACUCGAAAUAGGGCUUGAAGGAUUCUAUGGUGAAUCAAUGCCAGAAAAGAAACAGAUCAACCCUGGAGGUAUCGAAAUAGGAACUGAUUUUAUUUCUAACAAUCAAGUUCCUGAAAUUGAUUUCGCCACCAUCCAUCUCUACCCUGAUCAAUGGCUAUCGAACUCUAACGAAACAGCCCAAGAUAUCUUUGGGCACAAGUGGGUGGAAGCCCACAUUGAGGACUCAAAUAAUGUCUUGAAAAAGCCCAUUCUUCUUAGUGAGUUUGGAAAGUCUACAAAGUGUGCAGGAUACAGAUACAGCGUGGAUAAAAGAAAUAGUUACUUUGAGAAACAAUACAAAUUGAUAUACAAUAGUGGUAGCAGGGGAGGAUCAUGUGUGGGUGGGCUUUUUUGGCAACUAAUGGUACCGGGAAUGGAUGGAUAUGGUGAUGGUUAUCAAGUCAUCUUUGAAGAGAGUCCUUCAACUGCCCAUGUCAUCGCUCAACAAUCCAAGAGGAUGUCAAGUCUUAAAUAAUUCUAUUCUAUUGUAUGUCAUAAUCAUUCUUCUCAUGUAAUGCUAUCCUAAGAUAGAUAUCAAAAUAAUGGAAUUUCAAAAUAUAUGUACCCUUUGGA